UUGCUGAGAGAACAAGUUAUAAGCUCUCAGCAUUGCUAAACAACCUAACGAAAGGAGGAGCAGCUUAGAGGAGCCCUUCACUGAAUCAGCUGUCCUCUCUCUCUCUCUCUUUCUCUCACUCAGUUGACAGCCAAGCUCGUCAUACCAACAUCGAGGGGUCACUCCUGGGAACGCUGUUCUCUUUUAACGGAUACUUUAUGGGCUUAUUGUGUGUCAUUUAAAAUGACUGGGUUUUUUGAUACACACGUUGGGAUUUACUGAGAAUUUAACGAGUUAACCUACUGAAGUAGUUGAUGUGGGUCGACCAGGAGCUGCUGAGGAGAACUAACGUUAAGACAUGCAUCGCCUUCACUGCUACCUUCUUCUCUUCAUAGUUUGGCUCUCGUGCUCGGUCAGCGGGAGGCACCCGAACUGUCACUUCAUGUUUGAGCUGCAGUCGGCGGAGAAGGAGUGCCUGGCCAAGCUGGAAGAAGAGCAGGUCCCCGAGUCCAGAGGCUGCAGAGGCAUAUGGGACAACAUUUCCUGUUGGCACCACGCAGAGGUUGGGGAUGUGGUCGUCAAUACCUGCCCAGACUCGCUGAAAAACCUCUUCGGCCGGGACGGGAACAUCAGCAGGAACUGUACAGCUAAUGGAUGGUCGGAUGCUUACCCCAGCGUCAAAAGCGUGUGCUAUUCUGAAUCCAAGCCUGGCAAGCUGGUGUUCUACACUGUGGUGAAGACCCUGUACACGCUGGGCCACAGCCUUUCUCUCAUAGCGCUCAUCACCGGCAGCACCAUCCUCUGUCUCUUCAGGAAGCUUCAUUGCACCAGAAACUACAUCCAUCUGAAUCUCUUCUUCUCCUUCAUCCUAAGAGCGAUUGCUGUGCUUAUCAAGGAUGCAAUAUUGUUUUCCCACAAUGAGAACAUUCAGUGUCAUGAACAGCCCUCACUGGUUGGGUGCAAAGCCAGCUUGGUCAUUUUUAACUACUUCAUCAUGGCUAAUUUCUUCUGGCUGUUGGUGGAGGGCCUCUACCUGCACACUCUGCUGAUGGUGAUCUUCUCCAAGAACCGGCACUUCGUUGUCUAUCUCUUUAUCGGAUGGGGAUUCCCCACAAUCUUUGUGAUAGCGUGGAUCAUUUGCAGGAUAUACCUGGAGGACACAGGAUGCUGGGAGAGAAACGAUUCCGCAGUCAAUUGGCGGGUGAUCAACUGGCCAAUCAUGGCUUCUGUUUUAAUAAACUUUAUUCUGUUCAUUAGUAUCAUAAGGAUCUUGGUGCAGAAGCUGAGGUGUCCUGAUGUAGGAGGGAAUGACCAGUCUCAGUACAGAAGGCUGGCGAAGUCAACACUGCUGUUGAUCCCACUUUUCGGGGUUAACUAUGUUGUGUUUGUGUAUAUGAGUGAGGAGAACGAAAACGAAACCUUCAAACACAUCAAAAUAUUCUUUGACCUCGGCCUCGGAUCUUUUCAGGGAUUGGUUGUUGCCAUUUUAUAUUGCUUUUGCAACAGUGAGGUCCAGAGUGAGCUGAAGAGGAAGUGGAGGAGUGUGUGUCUGAAGCGCUACAUCGGCCGAGACUACCGUCUGCACAGCUCGUCCAUUUCUAGAAACGGCGCGGACAACGUGGCGCAGUUCCAUCGCAACUCCAGAGCCCAGUCCUUCCUCCAGACGGAGACCACCCUAGUGUGAGCCUGCUCUUACUCACGCACACACACACACACAUAGACACACACAUUUGUGUGCACACGCUCUCUGCAACUCUUCGUUUGGAGCAGCUGUACAGGAAAUACCAUUCACAAGGACCGGUGCACCAUUCUGUUGUUGUCUUAGUGCUAUUGACAAAUGAACUUAAGUCGUGCAGAUAUUUCUUAUGUUCUUGCUUUUGCUGCACGAUGUUCGGAGGAUGAAGCAGAUGAGGAGGAUGAGAGGACUUGGGCAUUCACCAUUUUAACAGUGUCUGUUACAAGGCAUGAGAGAAAUAAUGCCAAAUACUUUAAAUACUGUUUCCUGCACAUUGUUUAUUACCAAAUUUGUUUGCAGUGUCUGCUCCAAAAAAAAUGGACCAACAGCUGUUUUCUAAGUGUCUGUAUGGAAGCUUCACAGAGGAGGACCAGAUUACAUCAGCUGUGAUGUAUCACACAUUACGUUUUACAUUUCCACUGUUUGCAGCUCUUUACGACUUGUUUCUUCUCAUACAUGUAAACACAGAGGGAAAAAAAUGGCGUAGUUACAAAUGUUUUAUUUCCAAACCUCUUCUUUAUUACUCCAGCGCUCGUGUUAUACCAGGCUCGGAUUCGAGCGCAGUACUUAUGACCUUGUAAAUAUUUCUCGGCUCCUGGCUGUGUUCUGGGACGGUCAGACAGUCAGACACAGAACAGAGGCUUGACACCAGCCUUGUGGAAGCAUUAGGCGCAGUGUUUCCCAUGCUUCAGAGGCGACGAGCACGAGGCUCACGGUCUCUGACUGGCUCUGAAAAGCUCUCAAGAACAUUCUCUGUGACGCUUCAGGGCUAAAGACUGAACCGAGGCUGCGGUUACGCUGUGAUGCCUUGGUUCUCCACCAUGGUGAGCUCAUUAGGAACCGAUUACUGCUGGACGUGUUCACAUCAGCUCUCUUACAGACGAGGCCUUAACGUUCCAAAGGAUGAUUUCAUAAUGGCAGUGCUCUUCCUGCAUGAGGGGACAGCGUGUUUGCUCCACUCAAGUGGAGACGUGGAAGAACAAGCACAAAACCAAAGAUCUAAUCUUGCGCACGGAACAAAAUCUUACUGGUGAAGUAUGACUGGAGACAAGCUAAUAUGUAUAAACUGCAAUAUGAGUGUUAGUACAUUCACAGCCAUUUGUACUUGUAUAUGGAUUAUAAAGGGGAAUUUGUAUGAUUUUUCUUCUUACAUGCUCUUCACAUUUCAAUUCUUAAAUAUUUAAUGGUGUGAAAUUGUUCAUUGUGGAGAAACACACCAGCUUUGGCUUAUUUACCCUGGUGGUGAUAAGAACACACAGCAAUUUAGUUUAUCAUCUUAAGUCACUAGAGCAGGGAUUCCCUGGGAGUUUGCGACUCACAGCCAUCUUAACCCAUUGGAACACUUUCCAACACACUGACCCUGUGCAUGUGAAGCCCAGUAUUAGCACUAGCUUGUUAAUCUACUAUCUAUUUAGCUCAUGUGCCUGUCGUGUGAUUACUAUACCAAACCAACAACUCAACAAUCAACAGGUCAAGCUAACCAUGUUUUAUUUUGCUUAUAAAUUUACUAUAUCUGUUACUGUGUCUCUUAAAUUACAUUCUUUGAACUAUCUACAGCUCUGGAAAAACAAAGAGAACACUUCAGUUUCUGAAUCAGUUUCUCUGAUUUUGCUAUUUAUAGGUUUAUGUUUGAGUAAAAUGAACAUUGUGGUUUUAUUCUAUAAAAUACUGAUGACAUUUCUCCCAAAUUCCAAAUACAAAUAUUACAAUAUAGAGCAUUUAUUUGCAGAAAAUGAGAAAUGGUCAAUUAAACGAAAAAGAUGCAAAGCUUUCAGACUUCAAAUAAUGCAAAGAAAAUAAGUUCAUAUUAAUUUAGAAAAAAACAACAAAACUAAAGUUUUAUCUAUGAAAGAGUUCAGAAUCAAUAAUUGGUAGGAUAAUCCAGAUGUUUAUUCACAGAUUUUGGCAUGCUCUCUACCAGUCUUUCACACUGAUUUUGGGUGACAUUAUGCCACUCCCAGCACAAAAAUCGGCUACUUUACUUGGUCAUUUGUUUUUAAGCAUUUAUCCAUGAUGUGACCUAAACAUGUUCUGUUUUGCAAAUAAAUAUACUAAAUGUCUGUCACACCUUAAAUUACAUUUGCUGAACUAUCGUUAAAUUUGAAGAAUUUUUACUUGGUCUAUGGCCUUCUUGCAGUACCUCCACAGUCCACUGGGGACCCGCGGCCAAAGGAUGAAAUAUACUCCACUGGAGAGCCUAAACUGAUAAUCCAAGAUUCAUUGCACAGGAACUAGUGUCAUGCCCUAUGACUUUUGCUGUGUCCAAUUUUUGCACCAGGAGUGGCAAAGGUCACCCAAAAGCAAUGUGAAAGACUGGUGGAGAGCAUGCCGAGAUCUGUCCAGGAUUAGGCUUUGUAAAGCUAGUCCUCUAUGCCUGUUUCUUCUCACCACCACUGUAAAAUACUGUGUAGGUUUUUCUAGAAUGGAGCAGUUAAUCUCAAACCACUCUGGACGACUGUGUUUAUAUCUUUAACAUUUUAUUGGAAAAUGAAAAAAAUCUGUGGAAUUCUCCUCUAAGUUUAGUCUUGGAAUGAACCGCAAUGUCAGUGAUGAUUCACCAUUGCAAAUUCUUCUUAGGUCUGGGAAACUGGCCCUAAAUGUGAUAAAGUGUUGAUAAUGUAAUCCAAAGCUAUGCUGUUGAUGGUUUGUAGAUGUUUAGCUGAUGUUUAAGUAUUUACUACUCAUUCUGUCAUAAUCUGUGCUGGCCACAACCUUAAAGAUUGCCACAAUUCUAACAUAAAUAGGGCUGAAAAUAAGCCCAAGCCUUUAUAUUAAAUUCCUUAGAUAGUUUGCUAACAUUCGGAACAUCUGAAGGCCUUUAUCUACCAGAGUCAGUGCAAUUGAAUAGGGACGUAGUCCUGCGCAGGCAGAGGAAAAUUUUCUCCAGUAUAGAGAAAGUUGAAUUUUUCUUUUGUUGCACAUGUUGUCACAUUGUCUGUAGCUUUGGAAGCACUGCCGUGGGAACUAAGACUAAAGUGAAUGUUAACUUGU